UACUUACGCUAGUGUUAGACAUUUUGUAGGGCUAAUUUUGUGACUUUUUGGCGGUAGAUAAAAGAAAUGCGACGACGGAAAUCAAGUUGAUGUGGAACUGUCGACAUUCAGACAAGAAGGAUGAGUCAUUCUGAGUGUACAACACAGGAAACACCCAUUUCAUUUGUGGAAGGGAAUGAAUGACGAGUUUCCUCCCAAAAAUACUCAUUCCGUAUCACAUCUUCUUGUUCUGCUCCUGCUUAUUUGAUCAAAACAAGUGAACAAAAUGCUGAUUAAAGUAAAGACACUCACUGGCAAAGAGAUAGAGAUUGACAUAGAGCCUACAGAUAAGGUGGAGCGGAUUAAAGAAAGGGUGGAGGAGAAAGAAGGGAUCCCUCCACAGCAGCAGAGGUUAAUCUACAGUGGGAAACAGAUGAACGAUGAGAAAACAGCAGCAGACUAUAAAAUCCAAGGAGGCUCCGUUCUCCAUCUUGUACUUGCUCUGCGAGGAGGACAGCUGCUACACUUCCCCAGAAGCCUACAAUCGAAGACUGCAUUGUAGUCAUCACUUUGAAACCUGCCUUGUGCCUACAAUGAUCGGAUACACCUAAGACAUGCAGUUCUACAGAGUCACAUGGCGGCAUUGAAGGCAACACUCAUUUGUAGAAAGCGCUGAGGUUGAGGCAAACACGUACCAACAGACAAAAAUGUGUUGGUUGCCAACACUUUCCCCUCUGUUACAUUACAAUGGGGAGACACUCCACAUAUAAAGGCACAGUCAGACUGAAACAACGCUGUGGUUAAAGAUUUACUGCUGCAACACAAAACUGUGUUGUCACCCUCAGUCCGCAGUCUGUCUUUCGCCCACUGAUGACAAAAUAAACAUAACAUAUACAGAUGCUCCAAGCAAACCCACGGCCCUGGAUUGCGGUCAUUUCUAGAUUGUGACACAAACUAAGGUUUACUUUUUCAUCCAUGUUUUAUUAUGUUUGAAACAAAUUGCCCCAACUCAAUUUGCUUAAUAAUUUGAGUCUACUGAGUUUAUGAGCAUAUCUAAAGUCAUUUUAUAUACAUCAUUUUCAUGUAAAUCUAAUUUGUUAAGAGCUAUUUUUUUUUUGCUGAUUUGCACAUUUUUCUAUUGCAAAAAGGAAGAGAAGAAAAAUACCAACUAUGGUCUUGUCUGACAAUGGCCCCAGUUUACAUGGAUAAGGUUUGUUGGCUCAGAUAAGCAAUGUUUUGUUUUGGGAGUGCUGCGUCAGCACAAUUAGACCCGACUACAGAAUCGAGUGACAUGGACCGUUGCUGUGGAUUCAUUUUCAGUAAAAUAAAAGUACUUAAAAGCUGAAAAUGCCUCACUUUA